GAAAUAGCUUUAGGAUUUUUGUAGGCGUUCGUUCUAGCACAGCAGCGGGGACGCAUGCAGGGCAUCCGGGCCAGGGCUGGGGGAAUGGGGGCUGCAGGGGGGUGAAUGUGUGCUCGCCAAGCCCAGGGAUGCUCCCCUGAGGACCAGCAGGACCCCCCUGGGAGGUGGGAGCCCAGCCCUAAGCAGAGCACCUGCAGCAGGAUGGGGUCUGUGGGGGAGAUGGGGCACAGAGCACCCCAAAAUGCACCUUCCUGGCCAUUCCUGUGGCUGCCCGUGCAGGGAGGGGCAGGUCAGACAUGAGGCAGCUCUGUGGAAGCUUGAAGGGCUUUGGUAGGCACAGCUUUUUCUCCAGAAGGGUUUCCCUGCCGAAGGGUUUUCCUCCAGAAGGCUUUUCCUUCAGAAGGGUUUUCCUCCAGAAGGGUUCUCCUCCAGAAGACUUUUCCUUCAGAAGGGUUUUCCUCCAGAAGGGUUCUCCUCCAGAAGGGUUUUCCUCCAGAAGGGUUUUCCUCCAUAAGCCUUUUCCUUCAGAAGGGUUCUCCUCCAGAAGGGUUUUUCUCCAGAAGGGUUUUCCUCCAUAAAGCUUUUCCUUCAGAAGGGUUUUCCUUCAGAAGGCUUUUCCUUCAGAAGGGUUUUUCUCCAGAAGGGUUUUCCUCCAGAAGGCUUUUCCUUCAGAAGGGUUUUCCUCCAUAAGGCUUUUCCUUCAGAAGGGUUCUCCUCCAGAAGGGUUCUCCUCCAGAAGACUUUUCCUUCAGAAGGGUUUUCCUCCAGAAGACUUUUCCUUCAGAAGGGUUCUCCUCCAGAAGGGUUUUCCUGCACAAGCUGGGAAGGGAGGUGAAGAGCAGCUCAGGGAUGCAGCCACAUCCACAGCCUGCUUCAGGAAAAGCUGCAUCAGGAGGAAGAAGGGGGAGAUUUUUAAGGCUUAGUCCCAUUUGCAUGACAGUCCCGUUUCCUACCUGGACAGCGAACUCCACUGUUCCUCACCAGGGUCACUGGAACACUGGAGUUCCUGUUUCCCUCACCUCCACCUGGGCACAGCAGGUGUGUGGAGAAGGGAUUUUAGUGCUGGUUUGGAGAGAAAAUUAUGGAUUUUAGCAAACAACGUCCAUAAAAACAUUUGAGAAAUGUUGCACAUGGGCCAAAGCUUUAAAUCAGGAAAAUGGGAAGAAAUUAUUUUUUUUUUUUACUGAAAGAUGCAACUGAAGUAAUGAUCCUAAAAUGAGAUUUUGCCUGAAGGUUUCUGGGCCUCAAAAUGCAACAGUGAGCAGUGAUGUGGUGGAAGGAAAAAGGAAAAAUUCCUCAUGCUGCCACUUGCUCUGGCAGUUUCCCAGGGAUGGUUGUCGGUGCCCUGAUCCCAAAAUGCAUCAACCUGCUCAUGGCUGGAGGGUUUGGAGGAGAAGGGGCCAUUUUGGAGGGUUUGGAGGAGAAGGGGCCAUUCUUGGAGGGUUUGGAGGAGAAGGGGCCAUUCUUGGAGGGUUUGGAGGAGAAGGGGCCAUUCUUGGAGGGUUUGGAGGAGAAGGGGCCAUUCUUGGAGGGUUUGGAGGAGAAGGGGCCGUUCCUGGAGGGUUUGGAGGAGAAGGGGCCGUUCCUGGAGGGUUUGGAGGAGAAGGGGCCGUUCCUGGAGGGUUUGGAGGAGAAGGGGCCAUUCUUGGAGGGUUUGGAGGAGAAGGGGCUGUUCCUGGAGGGUUUGGAGGAGAAGGGGCCAUUCUUGGAGGGUUUGGAGGAGAAGGGGCCAUUCCUGGCUGGCAUUGCCAUUAGGGAUGGGCUCUGUCCCUGCAGGUGCUCAUGCUGGUGUCCCCUCCUAGCCUGCUGCCCUGUCACCCCAAGGUGACAGUCCCAAGCUGGCACCAAACCUGCCCAGGUGCCACCUUUGCCAGCUGGAGCUUGGCCAGCCUUGGGGGGGCUGUGGAGGAGCUGGGGGUUCCUGGGGUUCAGCAGAGGGAGAGGAGCUGAGUCAGGGUGGGCUUUAUCCCUCUGCCAGGUGUCAGCAGCCAGCUCAGCCUUGGAAUGGGGCAGAUGGCAUCAAAACCUCCCAGGAUGAGGGCAAAACCAAAUUUAUGGGGUUUUAACAAACUUUUCCCAACCAAAAAGUUUCUAAUUGGAAAAACAGGCCAAAAAAAAAAAAAAAAAAAAAAAAAAAGCUGAUGAUUAUUGUGGGAUGAACAGGGCUGCCUAAAGGGAGUGCUUGGAGGAGAGGAAAUCCUUCAGGAGCUGGGUGAGAAGUAGGAGCUGGUUUUGUGGCUCAGGGUGGUGGGUGCUCAGCAGUGCCGGCGUUCUGGGCGCCCUCACCGCUGUCCCUGCUCGUGGAUCAAGGCAUGGAGACACAUCAACAAACAAAACCCUCCCCUCCACACCUCCAAAGACCAAAUUCCUGCCACAAAUGACAGCUUUCUUCUUCUCCAGCCAUCAGUUUGGAAUUCCGUGCUCUGGGUGGGCAAGAGGAGGAAAGGACCCCUGGCGGGUUUUGUGCAUUGAACCCCCCUGUGCCCCCUCCCCAGCCACACCCAGGCUGGGCUCUCACCUCUGCCAUGCCAGCACCAGGAGCUGAUCUUCCUCCCUCCCUCAUCCCUGCCAAGCCCUUGGGGAAGCAGGAGAGCUGCUGUGGACCGUGGUCUUCCUCGCCCGCCCCGCCGGACGUACCUGGACGCGCACCCGAGCUCUCUUUGCACGGCCUUGCUUUGGAAAUCAGGCGGGAUAAUGACGUCUCAUCGCUCUCGUUGUUUUUUUUUUUUUUUUUUUUGUAUUUUAUUUUCUUUUUUGUUUUUCUUCACAAAAAAUAAACUCGACCCAAGGAACCCCACAGGAGCAGCGUGGCAGGAGGGCCCAGCUGGCUCAGAGACCCCAGAGAGGAGGCAGCAGUGGAGACCCCCCAGCGCUCGAUGCCCAUCAGGAGGGGGGAAAAAAACCAAAAAAACCCAUUUUUGCUCAUUGACUUCACGCCCUGACUCCCAAGUUCACACUUCUGCCAUGAAGCUGAGAGGCUGGAACCAUGGAACCAAGAGACAAACGCUGGGAUGGGCACAUGCAGGGUCAGAUCUGCCCAGCUGGAUCUGCAGCUGCAGCAUUCGACGCUCCCUGGGCUGUGCCACGGGCAAGAAUGGCUCUGGUGCCAGGGGCAAGGAUGGCUCUGGUGCCAGGGGCAAGGAUGGCUUUGGUGCCAGGGGCAGGUACAGCUCUGGUGCCAGGGGCAAGGAUGGCUCUGGUGCCAGGGGCAAGGAUGGCUUUGGGCUGGUGCCAGGGGCAGGUCCAGCUCUGGGUUGGUGCCUAUGGCUCUGGGCUGUGCCCAGGGCAAGGAUGGCUCUGGUGCCAGGGGCAAAGAUGGCUUUGGGCUGGUGCCAGGGGCAGGUACAGCUCUGGUGCCAUGGGCAGGUCCAGCUCUGGGCUGUGCCAGGGGCAAGUACAGCUCUGAGUUGGUACCAACAGCUCUGGGCUGUGCCGGGGCAAGGAUAGCUCUGGUGCCACAGGCAGAUACAGCUGUGGGCUGUGCCAGGGGCAGGUCCAGCUCUGGGCUGUGCCAGGGGCAGGUACAGCUCUGGGUUGGUACCAACAACUCUGGGCUGUGCCAGGGUCAAGUACAGCCCUGGUGCCAGGGGCAGGUCCAGCCCUGGGCUGUGCCAGGGGCAGGUCCAGCUCUGGGUUGGCACCCACACCCCUGGGCUGUGCCAGGCUCACGGGGAGGUGGGCAUGCCCAGGUCAGACACGCCGUUGGCCUCACAUCACAGUGAAAGGGUUUGGGGGCUGUUUGUCGGGGUCUUCACUUUGCUGGGGGCUUGGGGUUCUUUUAUUAUUAUUAUAUUCUAUUGUUUUGUUUUUUUUUUGUCCGGGUCAUUAUCCUUUAUUUCCCCCCUCCCCCAGCCUGUAGUAUCUGGUAAACUCCUCCUAAUUUUCAAAAGACAACGAGAAGAAUGACAAUCUAAGAAACCAACACCCUCCUUUGUGCUUCUAUAAAUAUGUUUCUGAUCUAAUUUUAUUUCUCGUGCUCAUCUGUACUGUUGACAGUUACAAUUGUGUAUAAUUUUUUUUUUUUUAAUUUGGAAUUUUUGCGUUGUAUAGGGUUUAGUUUUAAAAUAUAUAUAUAUAUUUUCCAUUUUUUAAAAAGGGGUGUUGCAAAAAAAAAAAAAUUGCACGAUUUAAAUGACAAUAGUUAAAAUGCUGCAGUUUUUAGAGAUGUGGAAGCAAAAUGGAGCUUAUUUAUUCUCAAAGGCUAUAAAGGUGUAAAAUGCAUGAAGAAAAAAAAAAGCAUUUACAAAAAAACCAAAAAAAAGACAAAAAAAGUGUAACCUGAACAAAGUGUAGCGUUAAAGAUUUUAAAGGAUGACAACAACAAGAAAAAAAGAAAAAAAAACCAACAAAAAAACAGCUAAUAUAUUGUGUUUGGGCUAGUUUGCUUUUGUUUUUAAUUGUUCCUUUUUUGGAGAAUGAAAUACAUUUGUGUAUAUUUUCAUAUAAGAAGUAUGCACUGAGAUGUUUCCAAACUGAUAUAUUCCUUUCUAAACGUGUGGUUACUUAACCAAAGUCUGUUUCUGAUCUUUUACCUUCUAAAACUCUCUCUCUGUGGAUGCUCCAGCCCUCACCUGAGCCCAGGUAAGGCGGGGUGGGGGCAGCGGCACGGCCCCCUGCCCGCGGGGUGCCAGGGGUGCCAGGGGGCUGAGCCGGGGAGGCUGGCACAGGGGGGCUGUGACCCCCGGCCUGGGGAGGCUGGUCUUUCCCAGGGCUUGGCAAAGCUGGGGUUUGGGGUGUCUGUGCCCGUUUUUGGGGUGUCUGUGCCGGGUUUUGGGGUCUCUGUGCCCAUUUUGGGGGUGUCUGUGCCCGUUUUUGGGGGUCUCUGUGCCCGUUUUUGGAGUCUCUGUGCCCGUUUUUGGGGUGUCUGUUCCGGUGUGGGGUUCAUCCUUCGGGGGGCACAGAGCUCUGCCGUGGGCUGGGAUGGCCGAGGUGUGUGCAGAGAGGAGGAAGAGGAGGAUGAAGGGAGGAAGAAGGGAGAAGUUCCCAGGGUGUGGCUCAGGUGAUGCUGCUGCUGGCAGCUGGAGGAGAAGGAUGGGGUGGGAAUCACCUGCCCAGCCCUGCAGGAGAUUUGGGGUUGGAGCAGGACCCUAAAUGAUGGAGAGCACCUAAAAUAGUGGGAAGGGCACUAAAAGGGGCCUAAAAUGGUGCCUGGGAGCAGUGAGGAUGGUGAUGGACCUGUGGGGGUGGUCCUGUCUGCUCUGGGGGCUCUGGAGGUGGUGAGCUGGGGUUGGGUGGUCAGCUGGAGUUGGAUGGUCAGCUGGAAUCAGAUGGUCAGCUGGAGUUGGAUGGUCAGCUGGAGUUGGAUGGUCAGCUGGGAUGGAGUGUUCAGCUUGAAUUGGAUGGUCAGCUGAGGUUGAAUGGUCAGCUGGAGUUGGAUGGUCACCUAGGGUUGAGUGGUCAGCUGGAGUUGGAGUGGUCAGCUGGGGUUGGAUGGUCAGCUGGGCUCAAAUGGUCAGCUGGGGUUGGGUGGUCAGCUGGGAUGGAUGGAUGGUCAGCUGGAAUCAGGUGGAGUUGGAUGGUCAGCUGGAAUCAGGUGGUCAGGUGGGGUUGGAGUGGUCAGCUGGAGUUGGAUGGUCAGCUGGAAUCAGCUGGGGCUGGAUGGUCAGCUGGGAUCAGCCAGGAUCAGGUGAUCAGCUGGAGUUGGGUGGUCAUCUGGGGUUGGAUGGUCAGCUGGGGUUGGAUGGUCAGCUGGAAUCAGCUGGGGUUGGAUGGUCAGCUGGGCUCAAAUGGUCAGCUGGGCUCAGAUGGUCAGCUGGGCUCAAAUGGUCAGCUGGGGUUGGGUGGUAAGCUGGAGUUGGAUGGUCAGCUGGAAUCAGCUGGAGUUGGGUGGUCAUCUGGGGUUGGAUGGUCAGCUGGGGUUGGAUGGUCAGCUGGAGUUGGAUGGUCAACUGGAGUUGGGUGGUCAGCUGGAAUCAGCUGGAGUUGUGGAUGGUCAGCUGGGGUUGGAUGGUCAUCUGGAGUUGGGUGGUCAGCUGGGAUGGAGUGGUCAUUUGGGGUUGGAGUGGUCAGCUGGAAUCAGGUGGUCACCUGGGGUUGCGUGGUCAGCUGGAGUUGGGUGGUCAGCUGGAAUCAGCUGGGGUUGGAAGAUCACCUGGGGCUGGGUGGUCAGCUGGGAUGGGAUGGUCAGCUGGAAUCGGGUGGUCAGCACGUGCACAGGGUGACCCCUGCUCAGGGGGUUGUUUGGUGGUAGCAGAGAGCCUGGCUGGGCAGGGACAGGGACAGAGCCUGGCUGUGCAGGGACAGGGACAGAGCCUGGCUGGGCAGGGACAGGGACAGAGCCUGGCUGUGCAGGGUGUUUGAAUGAAGAGCUUGGUGCUGGGGCAGGCUGGCAGUGGCUGUGGGGGUGUCAGGGGCACCUGAGCCCCCAUGGGGGCUGUGGUUGUGGCAGGGACACUCUGGGGGUCCCUUGGGGAGGGGUUUGAUGCUCUGGGGUGUCUGAGGCCACUGCCAGGUUGGGGUCUGGGGGCAGUGGAAGUGUUAAAUCCAGAGCUGGUGGUGAUGGGCCUGGGGGAAAGUGGGGCAAAGAGAAAGAAAAUAUUUCCUUUUCCUUCCCCCUUUUCACGUCCCUCUUCCUCUCCAGAAUAAUUUCAGCAAACCAAGGAAAAAGCAAAUUCACAAAAAACCAUCUGCACCUUUUCCUUGAAAAUUUCACUUCCUACGCUCUUUUCUCCCCUUGUGUUGCUUGGCUGGGGUGUUCCCCCCAUCACUUUGGGUGUGAAUUGGGAUGUUGGGGUGUUUGUCACCAGCUCUGGGGACAAGGCUUGGCUGGGCUGAGGGGCACUUGGUGCUCUGGGGGUCCCCUCUGCCCUCCUGGGGAGAGGGGAGAGCAUCCAUCUGCUGGGGAAGGAGCAUUUCCCAGCCCCUCCUCAGCUCUGCCACAUCCUGCCUCCCAUCCCUCCAGCUGGGGGCACAAUUUGGGGAUGUUUUGGGGAUUUUCACCACCCAAAGUGGUGAAAAUUCAUCCCCGUCCACCUCUCCUGGGCUGUGUCUAACAGUGAGCUUCAGCUGAAGGUUUGCUCUGGUUUCCCAAGUUCAUCCUUUAUUCCACUUUUCCCUCUCACUUCACUUUUCUCUCUCUUUUUUUUUUUUUUUUUUCUCUUUUCCACAAAAAAACCCAACCAGACCCACAAACCAAGUAUUAUGUUUUCACUACCUCCAUCCACCACCCUUCCUUGUCCAAAGCAGGAAGCCACAUUUGGGAUGUAAAAGGGCCUUCCCCCUUUAUUUUCCCCUUUUCCCUGGUGAUUUUCUCUCCCUUCUGUCCCUCUGCCCCUCCUCUCUCUGGUCUCUCACCUGUAGUAUUUUACCUGGCUACUGUAACUGUAAAUAGCGAGUUUCAAUCUGUUAGCAAUGGUAACAGUACAGAAAACUGGUUUUGGGUUUUUUUUUUGUUUUGUUUUGUUCCUUUUUUUUUUUUUUUUUUUUUGUUGUAUUGAUAUGAAAUGAGAUUAUAUUUUUGUCAGAGUAUAUUGUAAUAAUACUGACUUUGGACAUGGCUGAGUUGUACAGCGAUUUUCUUGUUUAACCCUCUUGGCUCUUCCCCUGCACCCCUUCCCCGAGGUUCCUGCUCCCCAAAUUUCCAUGUCCCAGGCCCAGGAGCAGCCAUUUGGCAGUGGGAUAUUGGGAUAUAUUCAAUUUCUCCAAAUUUCCAUGUGCCAGAUCCAGGAGUGGGAUAUUGGGAUCCAGCAGUGGGAUAUUAGGAUAUAUUCAAUUGCAGGUCCAGGAGCAGCCAUUUGGCACUGGGAUAUUGGGAUAUAUUCAAUUUCUCCAAAUUUCCAUGUGCCAGAUCCAGGAGUGGGAUAUUGGGAUCCAGCAGUGGGGUAUUGGGAUAUAUUCAAUUACAGGGCUGCUUUUCCCCAAAUUUCCAUGUCCCAGAUCCAGCAGUGGGAUAUUGGGAUAUAUUCAAUUCCAGAUCCAGGAGCAGCCAUUUGGCAGUGGGAUAUCGGGAUAUAUUCAAUUCCAGGGCUGCUUUUCCCCAAAUUUCCAUGUCCCAGACCCAUGAGCAGCCAUUUGGCAGUGGGUUAUUGGGAUAUAUUCAAUUACAGGGCUGCUUUUCUCCAAAUUUCCAUGUCCCAGAUCCACCAGUGGGAUAUUGGGAUCCAGCAGUGGGAUAUUGGGAUAUAUUCAAUUCCAGGUCCAGGAGCAGCCAUUUGGCAGUGGAUUCUUGGGAUAUAUUCCAUUCCAGGGCUGCUUUUCCCCAAAUUUCCAUGUCCCAGAUCCAGCAGUGGGAUAUUGGGAUCCAGCAGUGGGAUAUUGGGAUAUAUUCAAUUCCAGAUCCAGGAGCAGCCAUUUGGCAGUGGGAUAUUGGGAUAUAUUCCAUUCCAGGGCUGCUUUUCCCCAAAAUUUCCAUGUCCCAGACCCAUGAGCAGCCAUUUGGCAGUGGGUUAUUGGGAUAUAUUCCAUUCCAGGGCUGCUUUUCCCCAGAUUUCCAAGUCCCAGAUCCAGGAGCAGCCACUUGGCAGUGGGUUAUUGGGAUCCAGCAGUGGGAUAUUGGGAUCCAGCAGUGGGAUAUUGGGAUAUAUUCCAUUCCAGGGCUGUUUUUCGCCAGGGUUCUCAACACCCCCAUGGCUCUGGGGAGCUCAGCACACCCGGGAGUGCUUUUAAUGAAGAAGUCCCAGCUAGGCAGGGAUGCUCUGGGUCUCUGCCGUGCUUUGAGCAGGAAUCAGGACCUUGGAGCAGUGAGCAGGGUGGUUCCAGCUCCCCUCUUCUCCCCAGCCAGGGAAAACCCCGGGUUCUUCCCAGCAUCUUCCUCCUGAGCUCCGUUCUCUGCCUGUUUGGGAUGUGCUGGGAUUAAACCAGAAGAGGGUGGUGUGGCUCAGGCUGUGCCAAAACAGCUCUAAACGGGCUGGGAAGGUGGCAGGAACUGAGGGGUUGACAAUAUCCCCAUCCCUGGGAAGGUUUUUGGGGACUGAGGGAUUGUGGAAGACCUUCCAGGCUGGGAAGGUUUUGGGAACUGAAGGAUUGACAAUAUCCCCUGGCUGGGAAGGUUUUUAGGAACUAAGGAUUUGAAAUAUCCCCCAGGCUGGGAAGGUUUUGGGGACUGAGGGAUUGACAAUAUUCCCAGGUUGGGAAGGUUUUUGGGGACUGAGUUAUUCGCAAUAUCCCCUGGGCUGGGGAAGUUUUGGGGGAAUGGAGGGAUUGAUAAUUUUCUGAAGGCUGGGAAGGUUUCUUUGAACAAAGGAUUUGCAAUAUCCCCCAGGCUGGGAACUGAGAGAUUGACAAUAUCCUCAUCCCAGGUUUGGAAGGUUUUUGGGGACUGAGAGAUUGACAAUAUCCCCCAAACUGGGAAUUGAGAGAUUUGCAAUAUCCCCCAGGCUGGCAAGAUUUUUGGGGGAAUUGAGGGAUUGACAAUAUUCCCCUGGCUGGGAAUUGAGGGAUUUGCAAUAUUCCCCAGGCUGGGAAGGUUUUUGGGACCUGAGGGAUUUGCAAUCUCCCCAUCCCUGGGUGGGAGUGAGUGGCUGUGUCUCCCCCCAGCUCCCACACCCACCCCAGCAUUGUGCUGGGGGUCAGAGCGGGAUUUUUCACUUCAGAUGGGUUUUCAGAAUGAGAUUUUCCUGCUGCUGCCUGCGACCGGCCCAGCUCCUCCCUUCUGCGGAGCUGCAGGAACAUCCCCAAGCUCUCCAUGGGCUCCUGGCAUCCCCAAGGCCACCUUGGGCCACCACUCCCCUCCUCCCCACGGCCCUUUCCAAGCAUUUGCAGGCAAAUCAGAGAUGCUGGAGAAGUGGGGACCAUCUGCUGCUCCCUCUGCUGUCCCCCACAGCCUCCCUUUGCUCCCCAUAGCUCAGUUAAGCACGUAGGUGUUAGCAAACUCUGGGCUGUCUGCAAAACCUUUUGUAAAAUAGAAUAGACCUUCAAAUAAUGCACUAAAAAAAAAAAAAAAAAAAUAAAAAAAAAAUCCUAAAUGCCCCUCGCCAGUCAGCUUCUCUGUGUGAUGGUUCCUUGGAUGUCCCUGCUCAGCACAGGCAGCUCUGCAUCCUCCCCCCAGGGUGCUGCACAGGUAGAAACAAACCAGGACGUGCACUUCCCCACCCCCGAGGAGUUCUAUUUAUUGUUUUGAGAAGCAAUUUAAAAGGGAAAAAAAAAAACCAACAAAAAAACAAACAAACAAAAAAAAAAGGGAGAAACUGUAUCUAUAAUAUAUAUAUAUAUAAAUAUAUAUAUAUUUUUAACCUGUUUUUUUUUCCUGAUGCUCCUCCAGCCGUGUGUGUGGGUGUGUGUGGGUGUGUGUGCGAGUCAAGGGGUUGGGCACCGGGGCAGGAGCAGCGGGACCGGCCCCGGGAGGGGAGGGAGGGAUUAUUUCGAGAAUUUGUGAUGUUUUAACCGCGAUUUUCAGCUAAUUCCACCUUUUCUGAAGUGUUUGCACCCUCGGGGUCUGGCCUGGCUGGGAACCCCCCAUGCCCUGUCCCAUUCCCUCCCUCCCUCCUCCCUUGACAAUCAGUGGCUCCUUCCCAGGGACUGCAGCACGUGGUUGAGACGUCGAUUUUCGUUUUUUCAAUAUUCCUUUUUUUGUGCUGUAUGGUGAUGCGUUAUUGUAUAUUCCACAAUAAGGAGAAAAAAAAUAUAUUAAAAAAAAUGAUGAUAAUAAUAAUAAUAAUGAUUACCAUGAGAAAUUCUUAUGAGUUUUGUUUGGAAACUCUUUCACUAUAUUUGUUGUAAAGAGGUUUACUAUUAAAAAGAAAAAAAAAUACACGUUUCUGAUAA